UGGACAGACGUUACGAUCGUGAGGUCAAGUGGGAUUACCCAGAUUCACCUAGUACAGGGAGAUUAACACAGAUGAAUGAGGAUUACAGGCUAAUAGAGAGGUAGGCUGAGAGAUUGGACUAAUCCUUACACUGAAUCACUGUCUUCCUAAGAAAGCCGAGAUGUGCGGGAAGAACAGAAUAUGUCCUGAGAAAAAGGAGACAGGAGAGAAGGAUUAGAGGAUGAUUAAAACGUGGUGUAAUUGAAGCGUUCCUCGUCCAGGACACAACUGUAGAACAGCGAACACAUGUCAAUUCCAUGUCAUGAAGCUGGAAACAUGGGACGUCGCAUUCAGACGAAAAAUUAAAUAAUUUAAGAAAAAUGUAUUAAUUCAAUUUUUUCUUCUCAAAUCUAAAGAUGAAAAGCUCUCUGCCUGAUUGCCUCAGUUCAAUGACUGCGUUGAUUUGCUAAUUAAUCAUCACAAGUCGUUAUCGGGGGAUCACAGCUGGAUCAGCGUGUAAAGGGUGGAGGAAUAUCGAGAGGACUCGCUGGAGUAGAGCAUGGCAGAGGCUAGAGGCUAGCUAGCCCUCAUCCGCAUCCAAUCCAUCUGUCUCGCUCGACCGCGACUAAAUCCUCUCAAUUCCAUUGUCCCCUGACUCCGUGUUUUAUCUAUUACAUCCUCUUCUUCUUCUUCUUCAUUCCCUCCCUUUAUCCUGCCUCUGCCUAAUCUCCUCUCCUCCUCUCAUCCCUCCAUCCCAUCAUUUGCUCACAGUUUCCUAAUCCCCCUCCCCAAAACCCUCCCUCUGUCAAUCCCCCUCCCCACUCCCAUUUCUCCACUCUAUAUUUCUCCAUUCCAUUCCCCUCAUUCUGCCGUGUCAUUGAGUUCCCCCACAGUUCCCUCCUCAUCAUUGUCAGUGCCCUCGCUCCAGCUGGUCUCUCCUCGGUCCUCUGUCAUCCCUGCGUCCAUCCUCUAGCCAGCACCCUCACCCUGUUUCACCAUCCUUCGUCUCAAGCUCCUCUUGAGACACCCCGUCUCUCGCUUCUCUUUCCUGCCUGUCUCCCACCUCUCUGUCUCUCUAUUGGUGGGGCAUUAUUUCUUCUCGCAGUGGCCCUUCGCCCCCCUCCCAUAAUCCACCAUGCUGGAGAACAUGUCACGAUGCAACCGCUCCCUGCUCUCUUUGUCCCUGACUUCGCUGGCCCUGGCACUGUCCAUUCUGGCCUUUUGCACCUCGUACUGGUGCGAGGGGACCCACAAGGUUGUCAAGCCCCUCUGCCUCUCCCCGGUCAAGUUGAAGAACUGCGGGCAGAACAACAGCCAGCCCUACACCACAGAGAGUCCCACUCUGGACCCUAAGAAGCCGGCAAACAACGUCACCUUGUCGCCCCUGGAAAAGGAAGAGCAGGCGAGGCUUCGGAAAAAGGCCCUCGCCAACGCAGUGCACUACAUCUGGGAGACGGGCGAGGACAAGUACAUGCUGCGCUACUUCCACACAGGUUUCUGGUUGUCCUGCGAGGCACACAACGAGGAGGAGAAGUGCCGAAGCUUCAUUGAAUUGACUCCAGGGGAGACACAAGGGGUGCUGUGGCUGUCAGUAGUAUCAGAGUUUGCGUACAUAGGCCUGUUGGCCAUGGGCUUUCUCCUCAUGUGGGUAGAGGUGCUGUGCCUCUGUGCCCGUAAGGAGAUGUACGCUCUCAAGAUCAACGCAUUUGCCGCUAUAUGCACUGUCCUUUCAGGUCUGAUGGGAAUGGUGGCUCAUAUGAUGUACACCACAGUGUUCCAGUUGACUGUGAGCAUUGGGCCAAAAGACUGGAGACCACAAACCUGGGACUACGGCUGGUCAUUUGCUCUGGCCUGGAUCUCCUUCAGCUGCUGCAUGGCGGCGGCUGUCUUCACCCUCAACUCCUACACCAAGACGCUGAUAGAGAUGAAGCACCGCGUCCGCGUUCGUCUGGAGGAGGCCCGGGCGGCCAUCCAGGCACCUUCCUAUGACGAGGUGUUGCAGGCGGCCGGGGGCAUCUACUCAGGCAGCAGCCUGCUCCAGCACUGCCAUCAGGGGGCGUUGAUCGACCCCAUGUGUGAGGGAAGGGGGCCGCUGGUGGGCCCGGGGGUUCCAGACCCCAGAGGGCUGGUGGUGAUGGCUGGUGGCUGUGGGACAGAGGGGUGCGAGGACUGCGAGAGGGAGAUGGACGAGAUUGAGGACGCCCUAGACAGGGAAGAGAGGGAGGAGAUGGAGAGAGAGGACUGUGAGAGGUGCUGAGGGAAGGGAAGAGGAGGCGUUAAAAAGAAGUUCUGGCCAUCUGAAACUUAUUUUCUUUUUUUAAACUGUGAAAUGGACUUUUCUCGAUUUCAGUCAUUGCAGUGAUAAUUAUUUCAGUACCUCCAUCCAUGCAUUAAAUCUGAGUAGCUAAAGCUCUGUAAAACCAAGCACAGAGAGUGAUAUGUAUUGUCCGGGUAGAGAUCAAUAUAGACAAUCACUAAGAAAUGCCUAGCAUUGGCCACAUUUAACAUGUAUAAUAUAUCUCACUUUUAUUCUAUGCAUUUAUGUUAACCCUGUUAUUACUAUCCUGAUAGUAACUCGCCAUCAUGUCAGUUUUCAUGUCAUGUCAGUUCUUCUACAUAAACUGGACAGAUCCUGGGAAUUGUCUGUUGGGACAACUGUCUCAAUAUCUCUAGUUGAUGUCCAAAAAUAGAUGAUUUUAUCUUGUAGUUAAAUGAAGAUUGAGUCAAAGAUUACAUUAAAAAAAAACAGGGAGCUUUGGAGGUUAAUAAGACACAUGCUUUCAAAUGCAGAAGAUUAUGUCAAUUAUCUCCCCAGUCACAGGUACAAGUGAGAGAGAGAGUCUAUGCCUUCACUAUGGUGAAUCACUAAAACAAUGCAGAAAUACACUACGGAAAAGAAAGAACAGCACGUCAGAAAUCAGCUCAAUGUAAUUGAAGAAUCCACAGACUCUAACCACUUCUGGGGUAAUUGGAAAACACUAAAAAAACAACACAAACAGUUAACUAUCCAAAAUUGAUAUAUAUAUAUAGAUAUAUGGGUAAACCACUUCUCCAAUUAUUUUGGCCCUAUAACAAAGAACAAACAGCAAAAACAUAUACAUGAUCAAAUACAAAUCUUAGAAUCAACUAUUAAAGACUACCAGAACCCACUGGAUUCUCCAAUUACAUUGAAUGAACUACAGGACAAAAUACAAACCCUCCAACUCAAAAAGGCCUGUGGAGUUGAUGGUAUCCUAAAUUAAAUUAUCGAAUAUACAGGCCAAAUUACAAAUGACUAUACUUAAACUCUUUAACAUCCUCCUUAGCUCUGGCAUCUUUCCCAAUAUUUGGAACCAAGGACUGAUCACCCCAAUCCACAAAAGUGGAGACAAAUUUGACCCCAAUAACUACCGUGGGAUAUGCAUCAAGAGCAACCUUGGGAAGAUCCUCUGCAUUAUCAUUAACAGCAGACUCGUGCAUUUCCUCAAUGAAAACAAUGUACAGGAGCAAAUGUCAAAUUGGCUUUUUACCAAAUUACCGUACGACAGACCACGUAUUUACCCUGCACACCCUAAUUGAUAAACAAACUAAAACAAAGGCAAAGUCUUCUCAUGCUUUGUUGAUUUCAAAAAAGCUUUCGACUCGAUUUGGCACGAGGGCCUGCUAUACAAAUUGAUAGAAAGUGGUGUUGGGGGUAAAACAGUUAAAAUUGGCAAAAAACACACACAUUUAUUUCCAAAGAGCCGUGGGGUGAGACAGGGAUGCAGCUUAGGCCCCACCCUCUUCAACAUAUAUGUCAACGAAUUGGUGAUGGCACUAGAACAGUCUGCCGCACCCGGCCUCACCCUACUAGAAUCUGAAGUCAAAUGUCUACUGUUUGCUGAUGAUCUGGUGCAGCUGUCACCAACCAAGGAGGGCCUACAGCAGCACCUAGAUCUUCUGUACAGAUUCUGUCAGACCUGGGCCUUGACAGUAGAUCUCAGUAGGACAAAAAUAAUGCUGUUCCAAAAAAGGUCCAGUUGCCAGGACCCCAAAUACAAAUUCCAUCUAGACACCAUUGCCCUAGAGCACACAAAUAAACUAUAUAUACCUUGGCCUAAACAUCAGCGCCACAGGUAACUUCCACAAAGCUGCGAACGAGCUGAGAGACAAGGCAAGAAGGGCCUUCUAUGCCAUCAAAUGGAACAUAAAAUUUAACAUACCAAUUAGGAUCUGGCUAAAAAUACUUGAAUCAGUUAUCGAUCCCAUUGCCCUUUAUAGUUGUGAGGUCUGGGGUUUGCUCACCAACCAAGAAUUCACAAAAUGGGACAAACACCAAAUUGAGGCUCUGCAUGCAGAAUUCAGCAAAAAUAUCCUUUAUGUACAAUGUAAAACACCAAAUAAUUCAUGCAGAGCAGAAUUAGGCCGAUAUCCGCUAAUGAUCAAAAUCCAGAAAAGAGCCGUUAAAUUCUACAGACACCUAAAAGGAAGUGAUUCCCAAACCUUCCAUAACAAAGCCAUCACCUACAGAGAGAUGAACCUGGAGAAGAGUCCCCUAAGCAAGCUGAUCCUGGGGCUCUGUUCACAAACACAAACAGACCCCACAGAGUCCCACGACAGCAACACAAUUAGACCCAACCAAAUCAUGAGAAAACAAAAAUAUAAUUACUUGACACAUUGGAAAGAAUUAACAAAACAGAGCAUGCUAGAAUGUUAUUUGGCCCUAAACAGAGAGUACACAGUGGCAGAAUACCUGACCACCUUGACUGACCCAAACUUAAGGAAUACUUUGACUAUGUACAGACUCAGUGAGCAUAGCCUUGCUAUUGAGUAAGGCCGCCGUAGGCAGACCUGGCUCUCAAGAGAAGACAGGCUAUGUGCACACUGCCCACAAAAUGAGGUGGAAACUGAGCUGCACUUCCUAACCUCCUGCCAAAUGUAUGACCAUAUUAGAGACAUAUAUUUCCCUCAGAUUACACAGAUCCACAAAGAAUUCGAAACAACCCCAAUUUUGAUAAACUCCCAAAUCUACUGGGUGAAAUACCACAGUGUGCCGUCACAGCAGCAAGAUUUGUGACCUGUUGCCACAAGAAAAGAGCAACUAGUGAAGAACAAACACCAUUGGAAAUACUACCCAUAUUUAUGUUUAUUUAUUUUCCCUUUUGUACUUUAACUAUUUGCACAUCGUUACAACACUGUAGACAUAAUACAACAUUUGGACCUUUGUUUAUUAUCUACUUCACUUGCUUUGGUAAUGUUAACAUAUGUGUCCCAUGACAAUAAAGCCCUAGAAUUGAAUUGAAUUGAAAGAAAGAGCGGGUGGAACUAGGGAAGGAUGGAUUGAUGGAUGUGACAGCCAUCUCUUCAAGUCUGUAGGAUUAUUCGGAUGUAUAUGCUAAAUGAUAGAGAAUGUAAAUAAAAACAAAAUGGUAGCCUAUAAGAUCAGCAAUAUAAGUAGUGUGACAAUCUGUGUGGAAUGUCUUUGGCAAGGGUUUACAUUUUGUAUGGAUCGAUAUUAAAUGUAAUGUUGACAUUUCCAACCAGAAAAUAGCAAUUUCUAUGAAUAAUGUAUCAACCAUUAAAA